AUAACACUUUAUUCUAUUGAAAUGUCAUAGACAAAAUUAACUCAAGAGCGAUAGAACUACUGUGUAGGAUCUUCCCUCUUCCAUAUUGUAGCUGCCCGUUUUUUUGCCGGAAAAAUCUAACAAUAUGCCGGUUGGGAAACGUGGACUUGUGGCGCCACAAAAUACGUUUCUGGAGAAUGUUAUUCGGCGGUGUAAUAAUGCAGAUACUUCAUUCAUUCUUGCAAACGCCCAAGUUGUUGACUAUCCAAUCGUCUAUUGCAAUGACGGGUUCUCGAAGCUCGUCGGGUAUACUCGAGCUGAGAUUAUGCAGAAACCAUGCUCACUUGCUUUCAUGCAUGGCGAACACGGCGAGGUGGGCAGCCUUCAGAAGAUGCAGGAAGCUUUGGAAAACGCGAGAACCGAACAGGCCGAAAUUGGAUUAUGUAAAAAGAAUAAAACACCUAUUUGGCUUCUGGUCCACCUGGCUCCAAUCAAAAAUCACAAAGACGCAGUAGUGCUGUACUUGUGCCAGUUUAAAGAUAUUACACCGCUGAAACAACCAUUGGAUGAUGAAAACAAUAAAGGCUUGUCACGAAUUCUUCAAAUAGCACGGAUCGCAAAGUCAAAGCAGCAGUUCAACCAAAUCGAAACGAAGGAUCUACACAAGUCGCCGGGAAACACAUCCAGUAACUUCAAUCAGGUUAUGAACCUUGGUGGGGAUAUGCUACCCCAGUACCGACAAGAGACGCCGAAAACAUCUCCGCACAUCAUUCUGCACUAUUCUUCGUUCAAAACGAUUUGGGAUUGGUCGAUAUUGGCGUUGACAUUUUACACGGCUUUUAUGGUCCCAUUUAAUAUUGCGUUUAAGAACAGUCUCCGACCGUUCUACUUAAUCAGCUCUAGGGAGAACCCGGGCGGUGGAAUUGACUCGGUGGCGCUCAUGGAUUCGAUAGUAGAUGUCAUUUUUUUCGCCGAUAUUCUUCUCAAUUUUCAUACCACUUUUGUAGGGCCUGGCGGGGAGGUAGUAAUAGAACCGUCGGUGAUUAGGCAAAACUAUUUCAAGUCCUGGUUUCUCAUAGAUCUACUUUCAUGUCUGCCAUAUGAUAUUUUUUAUAUGUUCAAGAGAGAUGACGAGCGAAUAGGAAGUUUAUUCUCAGCAUUAAAAGUGGUUCGACUACUACGACUGGGAAGAGUCGCCAGAAAGUUGGACAACUAUCUAGAGUACGGCGCAGCCACGUUACUACUUUUAUUAUGUGCCUAUGUAAUAGUUGCUCAUUGGUUAGCGUGUGUUUGGUUUUGGAUAGGCGACUCUGAAGUUCGAUUAAAAAUGGACAACCUAGCGUUGCCUGACGGAUGGUUAUGGAAGUUAUCGAAUGACUUGCGACAGCACUAUAAUAUACCACUAUCGAAUAAGACAACGCUAGUUGGUGGACCAUCGAGGACUUCUGCGUAUAUUUCAUCACUAUACUACACUAUGAGUUGUAUGUCGACAGUUGGAUUUGGAAACAUUGCUAGUAAUACAGACAACGAGAAGAUAUUCGGAGUCUGCAUGAUGAUCAUCUCCGCACUUUUGUAUGCUGCAAUUUUUGGACAUAUGACCACGAUUAUUCAACAAAUGACAUCCAGUACUGUGAGAUAUCACGAAAUGAUCAGCAAUGUUCGCGAAUUUAUUAAACUUCAAGAAAUCCCUAAAGAGCUUGCUGAACGAGUCAUGGACUACGUGGUAUCUACGUGGGCGAUGACAAAGGGAAUCGACACUGCUAAAGUGUUAGGCUAUUGCCCGAAAGAUAUGAAAGCAGACAUAUGUGUUCACUUGAAUCGAAAGGUUUUCAAUGAGCACAGUUGUUUUCGUCUUGCAUCUGACGGGUGUCUGCGGUCUCUUGCGAUGUUUCUGGAGCUGAACCAUGCAGCUCCUGGUGAUCUACUGUAUCACACCGGGGAGUCUGUCGAUGCCCUUUGGUUUGUGGUUUCCGGGUCGUUGGAGGUGAUACAAGACGAUGAAGUAGUUGCGAUUCUCGGGAAAGGUGAUGUGUUUGGAGAUGAGUUUUGGAAGGCGAACGGAUCGACUGGACAGUCUGCGGCGAAUGUUCGGGCUCUCACGUACUCUGAUUUGCACAUGAUCAAGAAAGAUAAGUUGAUGGAUGUUCUAGAUUUCUAUAAAGCAUUUGCCAAUUCCUUUGCUAGAAACAUGACUUUGACCUACAACUUGACACAUCGAAUGAAGUUCAGAAAGGUAGCUGAUGUGAAACGAGAAAAAGAGCUGGAUGCAAAAAGAAAGAACGAGAAGCUCACUCUUCCCAAUGAUCAUCCGAUUCGAAAGUUGUUGUUUAGAAUGCGAGAACGACAUGGUCCGCGAAUAUUCCCUAGUCCGAUGUUUGCAGACAUCGAAAAGGGUCUCAAGAAAUCCACUGAAAUCUCCAGGAUAUCAUCGCUACACUCGAUGAUUGACGAGACCGGUGGUGGUGGAUCCUCGUACGUCAAGUCGCCUAGGAGUAAACCGAAGAGACCUCCGUUAAUGAAACGCCAAACAGUCGACGAGGACGCACUAUCCCGUACAAGUUGGGGAAUGGAUAAGAAAGAUCGUGAAUGGAGUUCACUUUCCAAUAUCAAAACUGAGAUGAAGAGCAAGUUUGACAUAAUUGGAGAGCGUCUCACGAUCAUCGAACAAAUCAAUAGUCGAUUGGCGCUUCUCGAGAGAGUUCUGAUUGGAAACAACGGCGGAGCAAACACGCCGUCAACGAUGCCAGUUGGCUCAUUUUCUGCGUUGAAUGAGUCUGGAAAUCGGCUAACACUUGACGCGGCGCCUGUCGCAAGGAGCGUCUCGUGGAGUGAGCAACAUCAACCACAUUGGCAGAGAACAUCCACUGUUCCACCACUUCGCGAGCUUGAAGCCGGCGAGUGGGAGCCUCCAAUUCGAGAACCAACCCCGAAUCCUUCAACGUCUUCGUCUAGAGUCCCUCAUAUUCAAAUCGAUGAGGACGGAGAAGCCCGUCCUCCGACAAGAACACGGAUAUGACACAUGGAUCCUUUUUCCAAUCCUGAUUUCCAUUUGUGAUAUGUAAACUUCAUUGUGUGUAAUUUUAAAAAUCGGGUCUUCUAAAAGUUUAAUAAUUAUUUACAUAUGAUCAUGAUUACCUUAACUUAUACAAUUUUCUGUGGCACUGCAACUUUUUCCUCACGAGGGACUAGGAAAAGUGGUUUCUAGGCCAUGGCUGAGGGGCCGACAAGUUUCAGCGGUCAUUUAUCUUGCUCUGUUUUCCGCCUAUUUUCUUUCGCUUUUCACAGCCUUUUGCCGUUUUUAUUUAUUAAAACUGAUAAAUAAAUAUUUUGGCAGAUGCU